AUGACACAAUUACAAGGUUAUUUGCACAGACGUAUUUUCAUUGCCAGUGUGGAUAUGCUGAAAAUGGAUGCUGCUAACUUCCAAAACGUGUUUCCUCCCAAGCGCUCAGCUACGAUUUCUGAGUUUCAGCCAUUAAGUUCCGGCUCAUUUACAGAAGGUGGCGGUCAAAAGAAUGAAAAUCCAGAACAACCGAAACUAACAAAAGUAAGUCCUUACAAGAUAACUAGAUCUCGAUCAAUCAACACUUUCAAUGAGUAUAGAAGAAGUUCAGAGAUCUCUCCGAUUGCAUUCACUAGACCUUUGAAGCUGGGCCAAAAUCAAGAUCUUCCUCAAUCACGCUCGUCACAAAUCAAUAAGGAACCUACUGUUUUGAAAAUCACUGGGAACAGCAUUGAUGACGAUAAUGCAGAAACUCCAAUUACGCUUGGACAAAGCUCUCUUAAUAUCCCUGCUUACUAUUGUCUUGACCAAAGCGCUCUUCAUGGCUCGUUAUUGUCAGGAGCUAUUCCUAUUGCUAGUGGUACCAACACCAGUUCAGCUACAAGAAAUGCAACUGUUAUCUUCAGGAAGAAGAAUAAGUCCCCAUAUGAAUCAGAUUACAAUUUAACCGCGAUAUCCCCAAUUUCUGACGAAUCGGCUCCUUUUAAACCUAUGAGAAAGACCUCUACUCAAAUAUUUAGUGGACCAAUUAUUAAGGAAGAAGACGUGGAAGAAAUUAACCUUAAUGAUGAUGAAAACAAUACUGACAAGAAUAAAACUAAACCCUCUUAUGAUCAGAAGAAAGAUGACGGAACUAUAUCAUCUGUUUUACAUCCCUUGGUCUAUAAUAAGAGCAUCCUCGGUAAACCCACGUUUCUGGAAGAAGAUUCCAUAAAAAAUAUGGAUCAACUUAGUGAAUCAUUGUCCAAGCGUUCACCAAAUAAUGGUGGAAAACAACCAAGAUUCAAUUGGGUUCCCGCAUUCCCUUCCUUCAAAAUUAAAGGUUCUAUUAUUAUCCAUAUAUUUUUGGUAUUGGUGAUUAUUCUGUUACUUUGUGGCUUCAUUCCAGCAGUAGUGAUAUUGUCAAAGGGAACCAAAUCCUCGGUUGAUAAUUACUUCUCGCAAUCCACAAACUUACCGCAUUUGAGUGAGCUAUCAGAUAAAUAUCUUCACACAUCGAUUACGCCAGAACCGAUCCCAAGAAUUAAUUCUGUCCAAGGAUUAAAUGACGACGUGAAGAAUGAUACUGAAGUUAUUAAUCUAAUGGGGGUUGUGUCAAACUUGAUGUUUCAUGGAAUUGCUUAUUCUCCAAAUAAUGCAAUGGAACCAGAUUGUGGGUACACUAAAAAGGAUGCAAUGUUAGAUUUGGCCAAAUUAUCAACUGUCACAACGAGGAUUAGAAACUAUGGAAUGCAAUGUGAUCAAACGGAAAUCAUUCUCGAUGCAAUUGAACACAUGAAUCUCAAUAUGACUUUGGCAAUGGGGGUUUGGAUCGGCCUGAAUAAUCUGGUUAAUAGAAAACACAUGGAUACUAUGAAAAAAAUAAUUGCCAAACAUCCACAUCCGCUGAGACUAAUCAAUUCUAUAUAUAUAGGGAACGAAGUUUUGUUUAGAGGAGACAAGACCAGAGAUGAACUAAUUGAAUAUAUUCAGGAUGCCAAGGAAUUCCUUAAGUUGAUGCAUAUAGAUGACAUACCGGUGGGAACAUCAGAAAUUGGUUCGUUAAUUGAUAAAGAACUUCUCCAAGCUUGUGAUAUCAUAGGUGCUAACAUUCAACCAUUCUUUGGUGGUGUCACUGUUGAAGAUGCAGUCAAUUGGACCUUAGAUUUUUUCCAAUAUCAAAUAGAGCCUUAUAAUGAAAAAAAUAUUCCCGUUGUUGUUACUGAGGUUGGUUGGCCUAGUGGAGGUGGUAAGUUCAAGGGGGCAAUUGCUAGUCGCGCGGGGUUGCUGUAUUUUGUCAAUGAAUUCCUAUGUGCAUUCAACGAUUUGGGAAUUGACUAUUAUUUUUUUGAGGCAUUUGAUGAGCCCUGGAAGGAAAUAUUCUGGGACGGCAACCGCAAAUGGGAAUCCCAAUGGGGUAUUUUUAAAGCUGAUAGGCUGAAUAAAUUUAAUCUCCAGAGAGCUCCGUGUGCAUGA